UGUGCUUUCUCUUAAAGGGCGAGCCCACCAGAAUUCAGAGACCCCCACCAAAUACACACCGCUUUAAAGCUCUGCGGUACUAUCGCUUUAAUUCCAGCCUCCUCUGCAGGAUUACUCUGCUUCAGCCGCCUGAGCUCUCUCCUCUCCCCGCAGUUCAUACCACCACCAUGCGCCGGCUUUCCGCGCUCCCUCUGGUCGCCUCUUGCCUGCUUCUGGCCGGCCUGAGCCGAGCCUACUUCCCGGAGGAGCGCUGGAGCCCCGAGUCCCCGCUACUCGCCCCGCGGUUGCUGGCGGCGUUGGUCUGCCGCAACUCGGAGCACUCCCUGCCGCAUGUGCUGGGAGCCAUCGACCGCCUCAACUACCCGAAGGACCGGAUGGCCCUCUGGGUGGCGACCGACCAUAACUCUGACAACACCACGGCGAUGCUGCGGGAGUGGCUGAUAAAGGUGCAGAACCUGUACCACUAUGUGGAGUGGAGGCCAGAGGAGGAGUCCAGUGAGUUUGAAGAGGAGGCGGGACCAAAGCACUGGACGAAUCAGCGUUAUGAACAUGUGAUGAAGUUACGGCAGGCGGCGCUGGAAACCGCACGGGAGAUGUGGGCCGACUAUUUCCUGGUGAUGGACUGUGAUAAUUUGCUGACUAAUCCUGAUGUUCUGUGGAAGUUAAUGAAGGAAAAUAAAACCAUUGUAGCCCCGAUGUUGGAGUCCAGAGCCGCCUACUCCAACUUCUGGUGCGGCAUGACCUCCCAGGGCUACUAUAAGCGCACUGUGGCGUACAUGCCCAUCCGGAGGCAGGAGAGGAAGGGCUGUUUUCCGGUUCCGAUGGUUCACUCCACCUUCUUGAUAGACCUGAGAAAGCAGGCGUCCAGCGAACUGGCCUUCUACCCACCUCACCCGGACUACAGCUGGGCCUUCGACGACAUCAUCAUCUUCGCCUUCUCCGCCCGCAUGGCAGAUGUUCAAAUGUACGUGUGUAAUAAAGAGACGUAUGGGUAUUUUCCUGUUCCUCUCCGAUCCCAGAAUUCCCUGCGGGACGAGGCGGACAGCUUCCUCCACUCUGUGCUGGAGGUCAUGGUGCGUGGUCCUCCAUUGCAGCCCUCGGUGCAUCUCUCGCUUCCUGUUAAACAGUCGGAUAAGUUAAGUUUUGAUGAGGUGUUUAUGAUAAAUCUGCAGAGGCGUCCGGACCGUAGGGAGAGGAUGUUGAGGACUCUGUGGGAGCAGGAGAUCAGCUGUAAGAUCAUAAACGCCGUGGACGGAAAAGCGCUGAAUGAGAGUCACGUCCGAAGGAUGGGUAUUACCAUGUUGCCGGGAUACAGCGACCCGUACCACGGCCGCCCGCUAACUAAAGGAGAGCUGGGCUGCUUCCUGUCCCACUACAACAUCUGGAACGAGAUAGUGGAGCGAGAUCUGAAGGUGUCUCUGGUGAUCGAGGAUGAUCUUCGCUUUGAGAUUUUCUUCAAAAGACGACUUCAGAACCUGAUGCAGGAGAUUAAAGCGCAGAAACUGGACUGGGACUUAAUUUAUAUCGGAAGGAAGAGGAUGCAGGUGGACCAUCCGGAGAAAUCCGUGCCCAACAUCCACAACCUGGUGGAAGCGGACUAUUCCUAUUGGACGCUGGGCUACAUGAUCUCGUUACAAGGCGCUAAGAAGCUGCUGAGGGCGGAGCCUCUGAAGAAGAUGCUUCCUGUCGACGAGUUCCUGCCUGUGAUGUACAACAAGCAUCCAGUGAAGGACUACAUGACUCCGUUCGAGCCUAGAGAUCUGCGGGCGUUUUCGGCCGAGCCCCUGCUGGUGUUCCCGACGCACUACACCGGAGACCCCGGCUACAUCAGCGACACCGAGACGUCCACGGUGUGGAAUAAUGAGACGGUGCGGACCGACUGGGACCGGGCCCGGUCCCGCAAAACCCUGGAGCAGGAGGAGCUCAGCUCCGAGGCCCAGAACUCCGACGUCCUGCAGUCGGCUCUGGACAGCACGGCCCGGGACGAGCUCUGAGCUCUAUAUAAGAAAUGCUGACUGAGAAAAAAUACGAAAAAUAGUCAUGUCACCUGCAGCCUCUUCCAAGAGGGGGUGCUUUUCCUGGCGGGGGUUCUGAAUUCAGCACUAUAGUAGUGCCUAAAUCUGCACCCCCGCCAGGAAAAGCACCCCCUCUCUGCUAGAUAUAUGCUCCUGAGGUUGUGUUUUCCUGGUGGGGGUGCUGAAUUCGGCACAACACCAGGACUCACCAGGCUGCGCUGCAUGGAGUACCACCAUAACCAUUAUCAUGAUCGUCAUCAGAAAUUCAGUCAGAAUAAUUAAAUAAUGCUCUUCAUUCACACUCAAUAUAAAGUGUUAUAGACUGAACAAUGAUGAACCCAAGUGAAAUAGACCCAAAUCUAGUCUAAACAUCUGAUAAUUCACAUGAGAUCAUUUAUACCAUAUGUUCUCAACUUUAUGACUUAUUUUUAAAUUCUUUUUACUGACUUUUAUCAUUUCUGUAAGUUUCUUAUAUUUCAUUUCCUAAUUUAGAUAUAAGACACUGUUAUUAAUACCCAAUAACAACAAUUCAAUCAACUAGAAUAAGAAAAAUAGCAUAUUUUAGACAGUGUUAUUUUUGCAGUAUCUGGUAUUAGAGAUUACUGAACAAUUCCACAUGAUCUGAGGAGAUUAUAUAAGGUUUUAGGCCGUGUUUGGUCAUUCAAAUACCAUGGUACUAGCUUUGAUAUAUUCCAAAUAUCAGUUUAAAGUUUAAUUCUUAAAAUUUAAGGUGCUACAAAGUGCUGCUAUUGAAUAACUAGUUAUUUCCCAUGUAUCUGAUUAAACAAAUGGUUUAUCAUGGAAGAAAACCUGGUUAUUUUAUGGUAUGGAAUCUCUCAAAUAGCCCUUUGUAGCGUCUUCAUAUUUUUCUAUGUGUGUAUUAAAGAGGUAAGUGUGUACAGAGCAGUGUAUUGAAAUGGGCUAUUGGUGGGGAUUUGAUGGGUUAAUGAAGGGGUUUUAAUGGGUCGUUGGGUAGAACUUUCUGGGUAGAAGAGAAGGGACCAAUACCAGACGAGUUAUUCUGGGGUUCAGGAAAAAUACUGGAGAACACUUUAUUAUAAAAACGGUUCAGGAAUGGUUUUGGUUAUUUCCGUUACAACUGUAUGCAGCUUAAAAGCUGACAAGUAUUUAAAUUAGUUUAUAAACUGUAUGUAAUUACGUAAUGUAUAUGUUUGCAUUUUAUUAUUGAUUUCUGUGUUGAAAAGCAAAAAUGUUAGCCUUUUUUUCCCAGAUUCAAAAACUUUAGACGCAUACUUUUUUUAAGAUGAUAACAAUUCAAAUGCAUACGUUUUCAAAAUAGAAUUGUACACCCAUAAAUGUAAUUAACUUGUUAUAAAAAAUAUGUCCAUACAUUUUUUGAUCAAAAAUCAAGAUUCAUAAAUACGUUAAUAGAAUCAAAUCGAUUUUAAUUCAUGGAUCUGAGUUUAUUUAUUUUUUAAUCUAAGAAUCCUAUAAAAAUUCAGAUGCAGUAUUAAUGUCAGCUUUUCUGCUCCAUAUUUCUAAACAGUUGAGGCCGGUUGUAAAGACUUUGGGUCGGUUGUGAGUUCGGCGUUUUUGUUUGUGGGAUCGAGGCCUGAAAUACUUGACUGACUGAAAGCUCAGGCGCUUCUAAACUAUAAAUAUAUGGUUUUUAUAACUGAAUUAAAACCGGUUCAUCUCGGGGAAACUGAACUGGUUUAUUAUUUGGUUUUGGGAGAUUUUUCAGCGUAGCGUAGCUUAUAGAGAAGCAUGAAUAGCCUGAAUCUGAAUCCAGCAUCAGUGUGAACAGUUCAGUCCUAAUCUGAUGCUCAGGCUCUAUACGGGACAGAGCUUCACGGGAAGUUUCGGUUUCAUUUUCUCCAGAUUCUGCCUGUUCUAACAGAGUCUGAAUUCGAGGUGUGAAUCGGAUAUGGGUCAGAUUUCGGUACCACAUAUAAAAGUGGCCCAAAUUGUUCAGUGUUAUGUUUAUUAACAAUUGUUUUUGACUGUUUUAAGCUAAAUGCAAAAAUAGUAAAUUGGAUGUUAUUAUUUUUAUUACAAUUAGAAUUUCAGGAAAAAUGAAAAAAAUGUAAGUAUGUUCUUUUUUUUUCAAUUUGAUUAUACAGUCAGAUUUGUUACAGGAUACGUAAAUGGAAAAAUCUGAACAUCGAGAAAAUAUAUAUUUUUUUCUCUUGAAAUUCUGUCUAUGAAAGGCUGAAAUGAAAAACUUGAUCAAAACCCAUUUCUUCUUUACUGUGCAAAAUGAAAAAUAAUAAUAAAAUGAAAUGAAAAGUUUUACACCCAGUGUUCUAAUUUUUUAAUUUAGCUUGAAGCUUUUAGAAAAUGGAACUGUUAAACAUUAGACUGACCCAAAUUGAACUGAAAAAGGUCAGAUUAGGAUUGUUUUUGCCAACUGUUCACACUGCAUAACGAGAUUAAUCUGAUUUGGGCCACUUUUACCUGCAGUGUGAACGCAGCCAUAGACUUGCAUGCAGUUUUAACUUAAUGUAACGCUAUUUUAACAGUGCCUCGAUGCUAAACUGAAUCUAAAUGUCAUUUACGCUUUUUUAACAUGUUCAGAUUUAUCUGAUUUUACCUGUUUAACUCUUAAACACGAUGUCUGUAUGUGAUCAGGUGAUGGUUUUCCUGUAAUCUGAGAUGUUUAAUGAGAUGCGGAGGUUAAUCGGCCGCUGUGUGUAAAGUAACGCCGCUUGCAGAUCACUAAUUUAUUGCUCGUCCCGCUAAUCAAAACUAGCUUCCCGAGGAUCAGUGUAAAUAUGGAGCAGAUACAGUAAAUACAGUGUUGAAUGAUUUGCCAAAGUAGAGCCAGAAGUUCUCCACCUGCUGGCCAGAGUGUGAACUGCACCAGUGACAGGCCACAGAGGGAGACUUUAUUAUUUCUUUCUUUUACUUUUAUUUUUUAUUUUACAUCUGCAUUUUUAGUUUUUAUUUUUUGUCUUUGUUUUUUCAUUUAGGUAAAUCUGCACCUGUAUUUACCUUAAAAUGUUCUUUCUUGAUGUUUUUUAUUGUCAGGUAGGGGAUAAAAAAUUAACUUUUCUUUACUUUUUGUUCCUCCUUUUCUAUUUAUUUUUUAUAUUAAGGUAAAUCUACACCCAUGUAUGUUUUCAAGUUUCUUUUUUGUUUUUUUUUUUGUUUGUUUUUUUAAGUUUAAGAUUGUAUUGGAGGGUAAGGGUAAGCCUUUCUUUAUCUGUUCUUCCUCUGUUACAUUUAUUUUUUAAAUUAAGAUACAGGUCCACCCAUAUUUACUUUGAACUUUCUUUCUUGCAAUUUGUUUAAGAUUAUACUGGAGUGUAGGGGAUAAAAAAAUGCUUUUCUUUACUUUUUCAUGCUCCUUUUUAUCUUUUAUCUUUUUUGACAUUUUUAAAGAUUUAUAUUUGAGGGUUGAGGAAAAAUAAAGAUAAUACUUCCUCUGUAUUUGCUUAAUAUUAUACUUUGUUGAAAACUAAAAACAAAAAUUGAAUCAUUAGCCAAUAAAACUUUGUGUAAAUGUACCCUACCUCCAACACCCAGCCCCCCCCCCCCUUUAUUUUCACUCCUGACACUUUCAUUUUUCAUGUUUGUUACUUUUGUCGUUGAAUGUUUAUCAGAAUGUGCCUUUAUUCCGAAAAAUAAAGGUGAACUUGUUUCUUAAA